AUGGAUCGCUUAAGAAUAUUUAGGUCCACAGAGGCUUCACAAAUGCCAGGUGCUGAAUGUUGGUGUUUCGCAUUUAUUCGCAUCGGAAGGACAUCAAACAUAGAUCCUCUAGGUAGCCAGCUCAGAUGGAAAUGCAAGCAAAUUGAUGGUCAACAUAAACUUCAUGAAGCCUGCCAAGGUAUACAACGACGUAACAUUGCUCACGCUUCUUCAAAGGGAAAACGUGCCUGCCAGGAGCGCAUCGCGGAGCCAGCGGACUCGCACUGUUUCAGGCCCCCUGCGGAUUCCUACGAGGGGUUUGCACUGUAUAUGCGCAGUGUUGGAGAGAUCGGAGAGACUGAGAGAGAGAGCAGACGAGAAGUUGUAGGCGUGACGCGAAACCCUAGCGACGCGACUGUCAUGCCAACUUUGGAUCUGUAUUGGGACAGACUGCAAGUGCACGCCUUUUCUGCCCUCGCUCCGCUUUUGCCUUUAUAA